CUGGCCCAUAACUUUUUUCAAAUCAAAUUCUAAGCAACUUCCUUUCACACCGUGAAAAACAAUACAAAACAAAACUUAACCAACUGAACGCUUCAACUUAACAACAAUGGCAACGGAGACGAUUCUCUUCCUUCUUCUUUUAACAACUUCAUCGUUACUCGUCGAAUCCGGCGACAGCAACCACGUAUACUUGCCGUGCUCCGACACGAAGGUGCAGAUCGACGACGGCUUCACUUUCGCCAUCGCCUUCGCUCAGCGCACAAGUUUCAUCUACAACAACUCCCUUCAGUUGUCUCCGUGCGACCGUAGACUCGCUCUCUCCUCCGCCAACUCGCAGAUCGCCGUCUUCAGACCCAAAGUUGACGAGAUCUCUCUCCUCACUAUCAACACUUCGUCCUUCUCUCCGGAUACUUAUGGUGGGUAUAUGGUUGCAUUUGCUGGUCGCAAAUAUGCUGCUAGGUCCCCCUCUGCUUUUGUUGCAAACACCACAUACACCGUAACCAGCUUUACCCUUGUGCUCGAGUUUAAGAAGGGCAGGCUAGAAAACUUGUAUUGGAAAAGGGAUGGCUGUGCUAAAUGUGAAGGACAAUCUAACUUUGUCUGCCUCAACAAUGUCGAUUGUGCAAUCAGAACUUCCAGCUGCAAGAACCAUGGAGGUUCUGUAGAUUGCAGCCUUGGAAUACAAUUGGCGUUCUCUGGCACGGACAAGCACCUCUCAGUUCUCAACUCGUGGUAUGAAGUGGAGAACCUUCAACAAUACUCGCUCUAUGGCCUUUAUUCGAAUCUCAAGGAUUCUCUAACUAGCCAGUAUAACAAUUUCUUCUAGUUAUGCUUCAGAUUGUUUGUAGAUCUUUCCUUACGUUUGUAAUUUUUUCCCCUGUAUUUUAAUGAAAUCGACUCUACAUUACUCUGUAUCUUUAAGAUUUUUCAUUUUCCUCUUCCCGGUUUAUUAUGUUUCUCAGGGUUAUGGUGUGUAAAUUUUUUUACUUCCCAAUUAUUUGAAAAUUAUUACAUUGGAA